AUGGAAAAUGAAUCAGAGGAGAACGAGAAUGGGGAAAUCAGUCGAUACGGCCCGUUGGGAAAGCCUUGGGCUGAUGUCACUGAAGGUUCAGCCGCCACCAAAAUGGGUCCAGCUGUUUGCGCCCCAACCCUGGGCCCCCCAGCUCUGUGUGACACGCCCAACCGGGCCACUCCCAAACCGCGCUUCUGGACCCCUUUGCUCAGCCCCAGAGGUCCGGGGAGCUGGCGGGGGCGUCACUUCUCAGGCUCCCCUGUGUCUGAGUUCCCGCUGCACCUUGCCAAGGAGUUUGGCCACAGCGUGCGCACUCUUGGUCAGGGAUGCUCCGAGUCUGACCUAGCUAAGCGUUCCGGGGCCAGAGUACUCCCCCCCCCCCCCCUCCCCGGGAACACUGCUGCCGCUGAGGGCGCCCUUGGCUUUGCCGCUGACCCGGCUGGACACUGCACUCCCUUGGAUUCCAGCGGCAGCGGCUGGACUCUCCUUGGAGCUCCCAACUCCCGGUGCCAUCAAGAUUUUAUUCAAAUGAUAAUUGCAUAUGACAUGGCCUAUCAAAUCCCCCCAUGGAAUUUCACGCUUUCCUGUUUCCCACCAAAUAAGACUGAUGAGUUCCAUUGGCCUUCUGGAGUCCCCAAGAACAGUUCUGUCUCUGAUGAAGAUCAUCAGUCUACUGAUACUAGCUUUAAUUUACAUGAUCCUCACCGUUCGGAGUCUGUGUCCGGAGAAAGUUUCUACUGUUGCCUUUGGAGUGAACAUGAUGAAAAUCCCUCCAGGUGUGCAACCAGUACAGAGAGGAAGACAUUUGUUUCUGCAACGGCGCACUCCGUGGCUUGGAAACAAAGAGGCGUGAGCUGGAGUAUCCAGUGCUGGGUGAAAGGCGACUUGAAGCUACUCAUCUGUGAUCUGGAAUCAUCGCUUGAGAAUUCUGCCGAGCCGUCCACGUUUCGGGCUCGUCUCUCAUAUCUUCUGUCAGAAGCAUCACAGGAAGAUUCACCCAUGGUGUCCCAGAAGGGUAAUUUUCAGGUUGUUCAGUGCAAUUGCAGUAGAUCUGAAGAUUGUGAAUGCCAUGUACCCAUGCCCAUAGCCAAACUCAGCUCUACCUCCUUGAUAUAUCUGGAAAUUACAAACGGUGUUAUGUUUCUCCAGUCUCCCCUAAUGGCUGUCAAGCCUAUAAAUAUUGUGAAGCCAGAUCCACCGUUACGUUUGCUAAUGGAAAUAAUGGAUGAUGGAAAAUUAAAGAUCUCUUGGUCCAGCCCACUGUUGACACCAUAUCAACUUCAAUAUGAAGUGAAAUAUUCUGUAAAGUCUACUGAGACCAUGGGACAGAUUGCUGAGAUUGUACUAGAAACCUUCCUGCUCGUGGGCAAUGUGCUUCCUGGUUCUUCAUAUACAGUUCAGGUACGAGGCAAGAGGCUGGAUGGCCCAGGAGCCUGGAGUGAUUGGAGCACUCCUUCCACUUUCACCACCCCAGAGGUCAUAUAUUUUCCACCAAAAAUUUUGACAAGUGUCGGCUCUAAUGCAUCCUUUUACUGCAUCUACAAGCAUCAGAACACGAUCGUCCCUUCCAAGAACGUCUUUUGGUGGUUGAAUUUAGCAGAGAAAAUUCCUCCCAGUCACUAUGAUGUUAUGAAUGCCCACGUGAGCAGGGUCACCCUUCUCAAUAUGAAUGCGACUAAACCCAGAGGAAAAUACACCUACGAUGCUGUGUACUGCUGCCAGGAGAACGAGUGCCAUCACCGCUACGCAGAAUUAUAUGUCAUAGAUGUCAAUAUCAGUAUCUCAUGUGAAACUGAUGGGUACUUAACUAAAAUGACUUGCAGAUGGCCAGCCAACACAGUCGCAUCCCUCGCGGGAACUACCUUGCAGUUAAGAUAUUUCAGGAGCAGCCUGUAUUGUUCUGAUUUUCCAACUACUCAUCAUGCCUCGGACCCCAAAGAUUGUCAUUUACAGAUGGAUGGCUUUUAUGAGUGUACCUUUCAGCCCAUCUUUCUUUUGUCUGGGUAUACCAUGUGGAUACACAUCAGCCACUCUUUGGGGUCACUUGAAUCUCCCCCAACAUGUGUUGUUCCAGAUUCUGUAGUGAAACCACUGCCACCCUCUAGAGUGAAUGCUGAAGUUAUGGCCAAAACUGGCUUGUUGAAUGUGAGCUGGAGAAAGCCAGACUUACCAGAGAAUAAACUUCAAUUUCAAAUUCGCUAUGCUGUGAAUGACCAUGGAGAAUUAUGGAAGCUACAUCAAGCUUAUGGUUCUGAAUCCACAUCUGCUAGCUUCCAGGUGCUGGAUUUCUGCUCAGUCUAUAUUGCUCAGGUCCGCUGUAAGAGGCUUGAUGGCCUGGGAUAUUGGAGUAAUUGGAGCAAUCCCGCCUACACGGUUGUCAUGGAUAUAAAAGCUCCCACCAGAGGACCUGAAUUUUGGGGAAUUGUUCAUGAAGAUCCAAUGGGAAAAGAGAGAAAUAUCACUUUAUUUUGGAAGCCUUUGGGGAAAAACCAUUCACUAUGCAGUGUGAGGAGAUACAUGGUGAAGCAUUACACUGAGAACAACAAGACUUGGGCAGAAGACAUAGGAAAUGCCACUAAAGUCACUUUUCCCUGGACUGAAUUAGCACACACAGUCACUGUUGUGGCCAUAAACUCAAUUGGCCCUUCCAUCAUGAAUUUUAAUCUAACUUUCUCAUGGCAGAUGAGUACAGUAAACAGUGUACCGUCCUUCAGUGUUCAUGCAGUAAACAGCAGCUGUGUGGUUCUUUCCUGGAUAAUAAUACCUAUAGAAUAUACUCUAAUGUAUUUUGUUAUUGAAUGGAAAAACCUUGAUGAAGAGAAUGGAAUUAAAUGGAUCAGAGUGUCUUCGAAUAUUAAGAAAUAUUAUAUCCAUGAUCAUUUCAUCCCCAUUGAGAAAUACCAAUUCAGCCUUUACCCAGUAUUUCUAGAAGGAGUUGGGAAACCUGUAACAACUAAUACAAUCCCUAGAGAAGACACCCUGAAGCAGGAGAAUGACCCGGGUCUUUAUGUCAUCAUUCCCAUAGUUAUUUCCUCUUCAGUCUUACUGCUUGGAGCCUUGCUAAUAUCACAUCAAAGAAUGAAGAAGCUAUUUUGGGAAGAUGUUCCAAAUCCCAAGAAUUGUUCCUGGGCACAAGGAGUAAACUUUCACAAGCCUGAAACUUUUGAGCACGUUUUUAUCAAGUGCACAAGAGCAGUCCCAUUUGGUCCUUUUCUUCUGGAGCCCGAGCCCGUUUCAGAAGACCUCACUGUGGAAAGAGCAGAGGAGAAGAACAGAGCAGCUCUUGGACUCUCCUCCGGUGACCCAGAGCCUGAGGAGGGUUGUGUUCGUUCUGGUGACCGCAGCACCAGCACCGACCUCACCAAGGAGGGUGGCCACAAGGCAGUGUGCGAGCAGAGCAGACAAUCUGUGAAAUAUGCUAUUCUUCUGAAUAACUCUAAUUCCAGUGCUAUGGAUAACCAGCAAAAGAGUAUAAAUAGCUUUAGUAGAUGUUUAUCGAUCAAAAAUUCCCUGUUAAAGGGGUCUUUCUCCAGUAACUCAUGGGAGAUAGCCACCCGGGCCAUUUUGAUAUUAUCAGAUCAACAUCCAGGCACAAGACUUUCCCAUUUCCCAUUCUCAGAUGGGUUUUCUGAGUUUUCUCCAGACAAAAACUUCCCUGAGGAGAACAGUGCCCAAAGGCCGGUGUAUUAUUUAGGGAUUACUUCAACAGCCAAGAAGAAAAGUGACCUUUUUUUGACGGAAACCUCAGGAGUGAUGUGUCCCCUCCCCACGCAUAACUUAUUCAGAGAUGUAGGAGUACUUCAGGACAGUUGUUCAGCCUUGCAUCCCUUUGUAGAAACAAACCUCAACUUGGGGUCCUCUGUUAGGAAGACGAUUGUUUCUUACAUGCCCCAAUUUCAGACUUGUUCUGCUAAAACACAGAAGAUAACAGAAAACAAGAUGUAUGACCUAACGGUGUCACAUCAUUAUCCUUGA